UGUGUAAGAUGAACAAAGAUGGAGAUUGAUUAAAUAUUGUUCAAUCAGUGUGUCUCUGUCCCAGCUGUUACACAGUGGCAGUUUACUCACAAAGACUUAGGAGUGUGUCGGUUAACUUGUCCCACGUCUGCUUAUAGUUACGGGUUAUGGAUGGGGAUUUAUAUCAUGGGUGUGUCCCGGAAAUUUCCUCAGUAUUCCAAGGAACAUUUUCAGCUAGUGCAUACACAGUCAGAUGAAGAACUUGCCAAAUUACCAGAAAAAGAGAGAUGGAGGAUCGAGCAUCAGAGAUUGCACGAGAAACACCGUGGUCACGAGGCCAUGCACCUGGAGAUGGUGUUGAUUCUGAUAGCCACACUGGUCGUUGCUCAGAUUGUACUGGUUCAGUGGAAACAGAGACACUUCAAAUCAUACCAAAGAGCCACCUUGUUGGGAAUGUGGUUGAUUCCUGUGGGGUUCUGUCUCAAGUUUGGAUGGCAUCGUUUUAUAUAUAUUUGGAUUAUAUUUUCUAUCAUUACUGGAUUUAUCGCAUUUAAAGCCACCAGAAAACCAAUCUCAGGGAGUACGCCAAGGUUGGUGUACAAGUGGUUCCUGGUGAUUUACAAAAUCAGUUAUUUUCUAGGAAUUGUGGGAUAUAUGUCAGUGAUGUUCACAUUAUUAGGACUAAAUCUUAUCUUAUUAAUAAAACCACAAGUCUCGAUGGACUUUGGACUUUUACUUCUUUUCUAUGGACUUUAUUUUGGAGUAGUAGCAAGAGAUUUUGCCGAGGUGUGUUCAGAUACCAUGGCAACACACAUCGGGUAUUACACCCCAACAGGACUUCCUGGCAAGAGACUGGACCCGAAUGUGUGCGGAAUCUGUGGAAACCCCAUUCUAGUUAUGAACAAUGAGGACGCAGUCAUCGAGGCCACCUGUAAAUUAGGCUGUGAUCAUAUAUUCCACGAGUUCUGUAUAAGAGGCUGGUGUAUAGUUGGGAAGAAGCAGACGUGUCCGUACUGCAAAGAGAAGGUUGAUCUCAAGCGGAUGUUUCCUAGCCCCUGGGACCGGCCAGACAUUCUGUAUGGUAACUUGCUGGACUGGAUCCGAUAUCUCGUCGCCUGGCAGCCAAUCAUCAUCAUUGUGGUACAGGGCAUCAACUGGUCGCUGGGACUGGAAUAAUUACUGUGUGUGUGUCCUCUACAAACUCAGCCAUUAUUUACUAGAUUAGACAUUGUCCAUUCUAAUUUAUAAAUUAAUUGCAUCAUGGAACAAAAUGUGUUCAUACGUGACACUGAUUGGAUGUAUGUAUGGUUGUUUAUGAUGAUAUUCAGUGUACCGUGAAUAUUUUAGGGAGAUAAUACUAUGAUUUUAGACGUUUUUUGUUAUCAGUCGAAAAUGUUCUUCUGUUUUAGACAAAAAGCUUUAUUUAUAUUUUCCUGAUGAGGCUUAUGGGCCAUAAUGAUGAUCACAAGAGCAGCAUCUUGUCCCGAUUACCUAGACUGGUGUCAUCUUUAAUUAUUUUGUUUAGCACUGUUCUUGAUAUAAAGGGUUUUCUGUGUACAAUCCCAGGCUUGGUGGUUGGAUUGAAUUGGGAUUUCAUAAACCUUUGAAAACUAACAACAGUUUCUGUGGAUUUGAGAGACAUUUAUGCAGCUGUUUGGGAAUUUUUUCAUAUUAAUAAGGUUCCUACAGUGCAACAAAAUCCACAAUGGCCAUGUUGGCACUCAGAAAAAUAAUCUCAUUUCUGCAAAUGGAACUUGACAUCCGGUCAGUGCAUGCAGAGAAAAAAAUGAUUGUUUUUGCCAGCCAAUAAAGAGUUUAUGAAAUUGUUUGGACUGAAUCUAAUGUACUGUACUGCUAAUUAGAAUUUGACUAAAUCCACACCGCUCCUCUUCACACUCCAGGAAAUGAUUCUCUUCAAAGGAACGGAACAGAAUUACUUGUUCACGUACAUUACAAUCCCGUCAUUGGAGACAAUACUAUUAGCAUGUAACGACUGGAAAAACUGGAGACUUGCUAUACCGUUGAUCAGUAGGUGGCGACUUUGUUCAGAGGCCAUAUUGAAAUAACUCCAAGAAGUAACAACAUUUCCUUGGGAUUACACAAGGGCUUUGGCAAAUCAGAGACGAUGACACACAAUUGUAAUUCUUUUGAUUUUAAAAAUGUUGCGUAGCUCAUCACAUCUCCAAGAGCACUAGAAAUCCAAGUUUGGUGAUGUGGAAAAAACCAGGCACUUUGAAAAAUUGAAAAUGUAUGUCAGACAGACAAUGUAUGUAGACCUACAGACAGACAGACAGACAUGUACACCCACAGACAGACAAUGUAUGUAGACCUACAGACAGACAUGUACACCCACAGACAGACAAUGUAUGUAGACCUACAGACAGACAUGUACACCCACAGACAGACAAUGUAUGUAGACCUACAGACAUGUACACCCACAGACAGACAAUAACAUGCUAUUGCAAAUCUAAAGAAACAUUGUAAUAAUUUUUUUCGUCUGAAAAAUGUUUUUACAGGAAUUUUGAAUGAUUAUUUCUUGUUUACUGUUUAAGUUAUGAAUGUCUGACAGUUGAAUAUUUUUAUUAUGAUGCUGUAUGAUUGUCUGAAAAAUUAAAUAAAUAUAUAUGUGAAUACAAGAA